UUUUAUUCCCUCUUCGCCUCGAGGAUGGCUUUAUUAUUCUAACCAUGCGUACUGCUUUUACUGUCUGCAUUUUUAUGUCAAAUGUCGAUCUUUUGCACCAGGAUGGCCCGUGGGUUGUGUUUCGUUUUGCUGGUAAUUUAUUUGGGUGAAUUUUGGGUCCACGGUCGAGACGUGUUCACGAACCACUGGGCAGUGCGGGUCACAGGUGGGCACCUCGAGGCGGACCGAGUGGCAGCCAAAUAUGGAUACAGGAACCUCGGUCAGAUAGGAAGUCUGGAGGACCACUAUCACUUCCACCACAGCAGAGUCGUCCGGAGAGCUGCCUUCCCCUUCAGAGGGACACACAGCUUCAUACACAUGGAUCCUCAGGUGCAGUGGGUCCAGCAGCAGAAAGUAAAAACCAGAGAGAAAAGAUCCAUUCAAAAUGACCCAAACUUCAACUUCAAUGACCCCAAAUGGUCCAGCAUGUGGUAUAUUCACUGCAACGACAAGAGCAGCCCGUGUCACAAUGAAAUGAACAUUCUUGGAGCGUGGAAGAAAGGAUACACUGGGAAAAAUGUUGUGGUCACCAUUUUGGAUGAUGGAAUUGAAAGAAACCACCCAGACCUGGCGCCCAAUUACGACCAUCUUGCAAGUUACGAUGUGAACGGAAACGAUUAUGAUCCAACACCUCGUUAUGACUUCCGCAAUCAAAAUAUACACGGGACCCGAUGCGCUGGUGAAGUGGCCGCUGCUGCCAAUAACUCGCACUGCAUUGUGGGAGUGGCUUUUAAUGCUCACAUUGGAGGUAUCCGUAUGUUGGAUGGGGAUGUGACUGACCUUGUGGAGGCAAAGUCUCUGGGCAUUCGUCCUGACUACAUUGACAUCUACAGCUCGAGCUGGGGCCCCAAAGACGACGGGCGGACUGUGGACGGACCUGGACCCCUGACCAGGCAAGCCCUUGAGCAGGGGAUCAAAAAGGGCAGAAAGGGCCUGGGCUCCAUCUUCGUGUGGGCAUCAGGUAACGGGGGUCGUCAGUUGGAUCACUGCUCCUGUGACGGUUACACCAGCAGCAUCUUCACCGUGUCCAUCUCCAGCACCACAGAACAUGGCAACAGGCCCUGGUACCUUGAGCCUUGCAGCGCCAUCCUCGCCUCAACCUACAGCCGCGGCGAGCUUAACGACAGGACAAUCGUGACCACAGACCUACACCAGCGCUGCACUGAUCGUCACACUGGGACCUCUGUCUCUGCUCCCAUCGUGGCCGGGAUCAUCGCUCUGGCUCUGGAGGCCAAUCUUCUUCUUACCUGGAGAGACGUGCAGCACCUUUUAGUCCGAACAUCUCGACCUCUUCACCUCAAAGCGGACGACUGGAAAACCAAUGCAGCCGGACUCAGAGUCAGUCACCUGUAUGGGUUCGGGCUGGUCGAUGCGGAGGCCAUGGUCCAAGAGGCCUCAAAAUGGAGGACGGUCCCGCCACAGCGCACCUGCACCCACAAACCACUCAGACCAAACAGUUAUAUUCAUGCGGGUCAGACUCUGAACAGCUCCACUGUCUCCUCUGGGUGCUCUGAUGAGGCUGAUCGGGAGGUGAAGUUUCUGGAGCAUGUGGUGGUCAGUGUCCUCCUCACACACCCACGAAGGGGAGACCUCGAAAUCAGCCUCAUCUCUCCGUCUGGGACCAGGUCUCAGCUGCUGGCCAAGAGGUUGUACGAUGGCUCAAAUCAGGGCUUCAGAAACUGGGAGUUUAUGUCGGUUCAUUUUUGGGGAGAAAAGGCUGAAGGCUCGUGGACUCUGGAGAUCAAGGAUUGUCCAUCGAAACUACGAAACACAGAGGUCCUGGGAAACCUCAAAGAGUGGUCGCUGACUCUUUAUGGCACCUCUGAGGACCCGUACCUUCACCACUCCAGCUCCACAAACCAGGACGUUCCAGGUCCAGAGGGGGUCCUGGAUGAGCCAGAGCUACAGGAGGAAGAGGAGGAGGAGUACAACGGCCCCUGUCACAGUGAUUGUGGAGAUCAGGGCUGUGAUGGACCUAAGGCUGAACACUGCCUCAACUGUGCCCACUUUAGUCUGGGACGACCCAACACUGAGAGGGCCUGUGUGAGCCAUUGUCCUGUGGGGUAUUUCGGAGACGUGGCGGCACGUCGCUGCAAGCGUUGCCAUAGAAACUGUGAGCGGUGCUUGGGUCAGUCGGAGGCAAAGUGUUCGUCCUGUAGAAGAGGCCUGUACAUGAACCCUCUGAGCUCCACCUGUGUCGACACCUGCCCACAAGGUCACUACGGCAACCAGGAGCAGCAGCGGUGUGUGGAGUGUAAUGACAACUGUAAGGGAUGUGUGAAAGACUCAGACAGAUGCACGGCCUGUAAACAAGGAUACAGUCUGGCUGGGAUGACCUGUGUCCCUGAAUGCACCAAAGGGACAUUUUUUCACUUGGAGGAAAUGAGCUGCAGGCGCUGUCACUCCUCCUGUCAGACAUGUACAGGCCCUGGUAAAGGAGAGUGUAUCCGCUGUACUGAGGGCUUCCUGCAGCAGGAGUGGAGGUGUGUUCAGGCCUGUGCCCCUGGAUACUACUCUGGACAGCCCUCUGCUGGCAGGAACAGGAUGUGCCACAGAUGUGAGGAAAACUGCUUGAGCUGUAGUGGCCCGGGGACGGCGUGUCUCAGGUGUAAAGACGGCUUCAGUCUGGUGAGCCGCACCUGUGUCGUCAACUCCUCCUGUAACAACGCCGACGAGAUUUUCUGUGAAAUGGUGAAGUCUAAUCGUUUGUGUGAGAAGAAACUUUAUCGACAAUUCUGCUGCAAAACCUGCCUCAUGAAUGGCUAGCAUGAAUUUUAUAACCAACAUUAUUUGAAUAUUGAUACUUUGCAGUGACCUCCUGUUUGGGGGUGUUCUACAUGGAUCUCUAAGGAUAGAAUGUUCAGGAGUUACCAUGGUGAUACGAUGCACACAUUACUCAAGAAAAAACUCAAGAAAAAACUAAAAUGGGUUUAAAUAACACGUUACUACACUAUACUUGUUAAUAAAUGUACGUUAAUGAAUGUUUAUAUUUUGCUUCAUGUGUACAGUAAAUUUUUACACAUACAAAUGUAUAGAGGGAUGCAUGUAAAUA